CCCGCCAGGCCCCGCCCUUCCCCUCCCGGCGCCCCCGGCAGUUCCAACAUGGCGGCGCCGCUGUGGCGGCCGGGCCGGGCCCGGUAGCUCCCGGAGCAUCGCGCGGGUUCCUGGGGCUUUCCCGCGGAUCCCGGCGCCCCGAUGGGGCCCGGCGCCCUCGCGGUGCUGCUGGCGGUGCUGAGCGCGGUGCUGCGCCCGGCGGCGGCGGCGGCGGCGGCGAGCGAGGAGCGGCCCGCGAGCCCCGCGGCGGCCACGCCGUGCUGGCGGGUGGAGCAGUUCGUGGUUGCCCAGGAGUGCACGCGGUGCUCCGGCUUCGAGAUGAAAACGAUCCCGGCCUGCGGCCCCACCGGCUUCAUCGAGAAGAUCAACUGCGCCUCGUCCCACCGGGAUGAGUACAAGAGCUGCCGCUCGGCCGCGCUGGAGGCCCGGCGCUUCUGGCGCUUCGUGGGCUCCGCUCUGGGCGUGGCGGCGGCGGCGGCGGCGCUCGUGGUGCUGCGGCAGCGCGUGCUGGACCGGCGGGCGCUGGAGAAGGUCCGCAAGCAGAUCGAGUCCAUCUAGCCACGGGCUCCCCAGCGCUGGGAGCCGGGAAUGCCGCUCGCGGGAGGAGAGGCAGCCCCUGCCCGGCUGCGCGGAGCUGCGGUCCCGCUGGGAUGUGCCUGGGAGAGCGGCCAGGGCGCGGCCCCCAGCGGGAUGUGGGAUUAAUGCCGGCGGUGGCGCUGGGUUCGUCCCUUGGGGGGAAUCCCCGUCCCCCCCCCAGCACUGGGAUCUGCUCCGGGAUCAUCCUGGGCGUCCUCCAGGAGAGGGAUGUGGAAUAAAUCCUGGUCGUUGUUGCUGGA